AUGCCGAACAUCAAAAUCUUCAGCGGCAGCUCCAACCUGGACUUGUCCCAGAAAAUUGCUGACCGCCUGGGCCUGGAGCUAGCCAAGGUGCUGACCACGAAAUUCAGCAACCAGGAGAUCUGUGUUGAAAUUGGGGAAAGUGUCCGGGGAGAGGAUGUCUACAUCGUUCAGAGCGGCUGUGGUGAAAUUAACGACAACCUGAUGGAGCUUCUGAUCAUGAUUAACGCCUGUAAGAUGGCUUCCGCCAGCCGGGUCACUGCGAUCAUCCCGUGCUUCCCUUACGCCCGGCAGGAUAAGAAGGAUAAGAGCCGGGCUCCCAUCUCAGCCAAGCUUGUGGCAAAUAUGCUCUCCGUAGCGGGUGCAGAUCAUAUUAUUACCAUGGACCUCCAUGCUUCUCAAAUCCAGGGCUUUUUCGACAUCCCUGUGGACAACCUGUACGCAGAACCAGCUGUCCUGAAGUGGAUACGGGAGAAUAUCUCUGAGUGGAGGGACUGCACGGUCGUCUCGCCCGAUGCGGGGGGAGCUAAGAGAGUUACCUCCAUCGCAGACCAGCUGAAUGUUGACUUUGCCUUGAUUCACAAAGACCGGAAGAAGGCCAACGAGGUGGACCGCAUGUUGCUGGUAGGAGACGUGAAGGACCGGGUGGCCAUUCUGGUGGAUGACAUGGCUGACACUUGUGGCACAAUCUGCCACGCAGCCGACAAACUUCUUGCAGCUGGAGCCACCAGAAUUUAUGCUAUCCUGACUCACGGGAUCUUAUCUGGCCCGGCCAUUUAUCGCAUCAACAACGCCUGCUUCGAAGCAGUAGUGGUCACCAAUACCAUCCCUCAGGAGGAUAACAUGAGGCACUGUCCCAAAGUACAGGUGAUCGACAUCUCCAUCAUCCUGGCAGAAGCCAUCAGGAGGAUUCACAACGGGGAAUCUGUUUCCUACCUGUUCAGCCAUGUCCCUCUAUAA